ACGUUCUAUCUCCCCAACAAAGAGGAGCGCACGAUCAUGCGCCUACCGAAAGAGAACGACGUCGACUACCGUGCCGCCUGUUUCUGCCAUAACAAAGUCAUAAGUGUGGGCUAUGUGUGCUCUGUGUGCUUGUCAGGUAUGUCAAGUGAACAGACUGUAACAACAAAUUCAUAA